UAAAACAUGUCAGCUGUCGCUCGUCUAAUCUGUCACGUCGACAGACGACAUUAUUUUGCACAUAUUUUGUCAUUUGAGUUCCAAUUUGAAACCAUUUUAUCAUCUUAUUAGGCUGAUAAUAAUAUGCUCAUAUUUUUCAUAAGAAAUAAGCUAUAAACGAAUAUCAACUUAUCACAGAUCAAACUGAAUAUACACAUUGUAUAAAUCAACAGCUGUAUACGUGCAUUGUUUUUGAUUAUCGAUCGUACCAGAAUACCUGUGUAGGUAUUACUAAACCAUCACAAAGAAGAAGAAGAAACAGACGUAAAGUACUUAGAAACGUAAAGACUAUCAAUAACAUAUUACCCCAGGUAAAUGAAGAUUGUGACGGCACCAGUGACAAAAUAAUCUCACCAUUCAAGCCAUACGACGAAAAUAUAAACUCAACAAAUUUGAAUCAUCCUAUGAUUGAUGAGUUGGAUAAAUAUUACAAGUCCUGUGCCAGUGUAAAAGAAGCAACGAAAAUGUCUGCAGAAGCUCCGAAGUCUCGUGACGAUGUUAAAGCUGCUAGGGAGGCGAAAAAGUUAGCGAAACAGAAUGCAAAAAAGAAGGGACCUGCUAAUGUAAAGAAAGAGGUGCCACAGGCUCCUGUGCCCGCUAAAGAUACAAAACCACAAACAAGUAAUGAAAAUGUAGUACAAGAAAAUAAGGAGGAAAAUCAGCCUCAAGGAGAUUAUUACACAAGUCCAUACACUAAUUUAAAAUAUCGCGUAAAGGAUAUGGAUGAAGUUGACAAAGCAGAAAUGAGAAUAAUAGAAGAAAAGAUAAAAGCAAUAAACGAGAAAGCCAAAGGGACUGUUGAAACGGAAAGUGGUGAAAAAGUUCCUGUUGGCAUGACCGUUGAUGACGUUGUUAACACUUUGAAAGAGAUUGUUAAUGUUGCGAAGGAAGUGGAGACAGUUACAGCCAUGGUACAUGCUAUGGAUGUGAAAAAGACAGGAGAAGCUGAAAAGAGUAAGGCUGAACUAAGAAAGGAGAGGCGUAUGAAACAAGAAGCCCAGCGUGCCGCAAAACAGGCCAUACAGAAAGAGGCAGUGAAAGCUGAACAAAAACAACAAAAGGAAGCUAUUGCAAAGACAAAGGAGAUUGCCGUUAAUAAGGAAAAAUCACCGAAACCAAAAGCUGUAGAAAAACCUAAAGUGAAGUCACAAAGCACACAAAAACUGAAUUGGUUCCAACAUCUCUCAGCGGAACAUCAUAAGGAGGCAUUGAAACAUAUGACAAUUAAUUCUAACCUACACCCUGCCGUAGUCAAAUUAGGAGUUCAAUUAGCUACUGGAGUAAUUACUGGAUCCAAUGCACGGUGUAUAGCACUGCUGGAUGCUCUUAAAAAGAUGGUCCGCGACUACAGUCUCCCCGCGCGAACCGAAUUCGCGCGCGGUCUUGAAGCCCAGCUCGCGGCGAGCCUCGGCUUCCUGUGGUCGCUGCGGCCGCCCGCCGCCGCGCAGAUCAACGCGCUCAAACACUUCCGCCACCAGCUGACGCAGCUGCCCAACAAUGUGGACGAGUUUGACGCCAAAAAAACGUUACAAGAAGAGAUAGAUAGAUACAUCCGGGAGCAGAUCGACAUGGCGGGUGAAGCGAUCAGUAUCACCGUACGGAAUAAAAUAUCUAAUGGCGACAAUAUACUUACUUAUGGAUGCUCAUCGCUAAUAGAACGCAUCCUCCGCGAAGCGCACGAGGCCGGCGUACAGUACAGGGCGGUGAUAGUCGGGCACCGACUGAACCGCGCUGCGACCGAAAUGUUGCGACGAUUAGUCGCAGCGGGAGUGGCCUGCACGUACGUGGAUAUAUCCGCGCUCAACUGUGUUAUGAAAUCUAUAAACAAAGUAGUGCUCGGCGCGAACUCGCUGCUCGCGAACGGCUCGGUGCUGGGCGCGGCGGGCACGCUGCAGGUGGCGCUGGUGGCGCGCGCACACAACGCGCCCGUGCUCGUCGCCUGCGAGACGCACAAGUUCUCCGACCGGGUGCAGACUGAUGCGUUCGUGUAUAAUGAGAUUGGCGAUCCAGACGCGCUCAUAGACAAAUCAGACGACAAUUCCCCGCUCAAGGAUUGGCGCACAAAUCCUAACCUCACUUUACUGAAUCUAACCUAUGACGUCACUCCGCCAAGCCUAGUCACAGCCGUGGUCACAGAACUAGCUAUAUUACCUUGCACUAGCGCUCCAGUGGUUUUAAGAUUCAAAACUUCAGAAUAUGGAAUGUAAUUUGACUAGCUAAAGUAAAGGGCAAAAGUAAUUAAUAAACGUUGGUACAACGUAAAUGUCAACAAAGCUCUAAUUCGAUAAAAAAAUAUCUGAACAAGGGUGCUGUUCCACCAGAAGCUAUGUGACCGUUUCCACUGAUGCUAAGCUAUAGAGCAGUGCGAGUAAGGUGUGUUAUGACGAUGCGUAGCUCGAGUUAAGGCCGGUUGCAGAGUUUGACCGACCAUCAGUGCGUACGUCAGUCGCGCUUGUCAUGUGUAUGGAAAUUCAUAAAACCGUUCAUAGCUAGACCGACCAUACGCACGCGUAUUGUCAUACGUAUAAUAGGUGCCACUCUACAUAGCUAUCUACACUAUUAGUGACCAUCUACAACACAAAUUAAUAGCACACACCUUUCCAUAUAAAAAAAGAGCGUGUGCCACGCACACGUGUCAGAAGAGAAACUUAUUUGGCACGAUUCAAAGAUCCAAAAUCGUCGUUUUACUCUAUGACGUGCUGGUAUUGCCAUGAAACUACUUUGAAAUUUCAAAUUUCACUCUCAACGCGCCGAAGUUUCACUUCAAAAUGUUAAGUGUUAACCUAUGUGCAUCAAUAAAUAAUAAAUAAAUAAAAUAUAACUUUAUUUGUCUCAUCACAACAUUAGGUAAAUAGAUACAUUGCUUGCAAAUCAAUGAAUAUGAUUGGUGAAUAUCAAAUGCAUCCACAGCAACAUAGCAUAGCAAAUCUCUGGUGGAAAAGCACCCUGAGUUGUUUGUACUGUAUAAUAUUCAUGUGCAUGUUCAUUUAAUUUAAUAUUUUGUAAGAAAAUAAAAUUAUAAUGUAUUUGUACAAAUAUUGUCAAAUAUUAUUUAAGGACAGUAAAUCCGUUUUGUAAAAAAUCUUUGUCUAUUACUGUCUAUACUUGGUCUAUAGUCUAUACCUAUAGUUUUAAUUAUUGUACAUGCUCAACUUUCUAAAUGUUAAAAAAUAAAAAUAAAUAAAAUGUCUUCA